UGUGGACAGAAGUCGCACGCGCUCACAAAAAAUCCAUUCGACAAGAGCGCAGGCGCAGCGCUGUAUUCACCCACAACUUCACUUCGGUCAACUUCGACUAGUGGUGAUCGAAACUUCGAUGUGUGUGGAAGUGAAUUUAACUUUUCUAACAUAAUCUCACAAAAAUAACAAUAAUCAGUAACUAAAGUACAAUUAUCUUAUUUGAUCGUGUUGGAAUAAACAUUUAACGUGUCGUUAGUUAUAUAAAUAGUAUUCAUGAUGUGUGAUAAUAACAGUCCUUCGACGCAAAGUAUAGCGGACUACUUAGCUCAGUUGCUCAAAGACAGGAAGCAACUGGCUGCGUUCCCGAAUGUUUUCAUGCACAUGGAGCGACUUCUGGAUGAAGAUAUUUGCCUUGUGGAAUGUGUCACCAAUAGUGUUGUUAGAAAUGAGCUCCGAGGCCGAAACUCGAGUUCCGAGUCGAAGCUACCAAGUCUUCAAGACUCGAGCUUUGAGGGCUCGUAA